AUGAUUAUUGAAAAACAAGAGGAUCACUGUUUCAAGAGCUGCAGAGGUCAUUCAUAUGCAAGAAAGAAUUGGCUUGGAUCCAUUAUCUUCCCUUUCUCUGCUCUUCUGCAACAAUCUGAGUUUUCAGAUGAAACAGAUGUUUUGCAGAGGGCACAGAUUUUUAAAAAAAAUUGUAAAGCAUUGUUUCCCAACCGAAGAAUCAAAACUACUGUUUUUAAUGAGGAAGGGAUACACAUCUUAGUAACAAGAUAUAUCAAGGCAUUAAACCCACCUCAACAACUCCUGGAUAUAUUUCUUCAUGAUUCUAAUGCAACACUUGACCUCAUUGCUCGCUUUGUAUCUUUGAUUCCUAUUAUGCCCGAUACACUGGAUGAAAAUGAUGGUUUUGAUAUAUGGAUGACAUCAGAGCGCUGCCUCAGUUUGGCUAUUGGAAAUAAGGAGGAGCAUGCCAUACUUCUCUGUAAUUUCUUUCUGUAUUUUGGAAAGAAGGCUUUGGUCCUCCUGGGAACCUCAAUGUUGGAAGGGCAAGUGGCUUAUGUAUUAGCUCAAGAAACUGAUGAAUAUUUGCUUUGGGAUCCAUUAACUGGGAAAUGUCAUAAACAGUUUGACCCAUUUUGUCCCUUACAAAGUGUAGACUGUUUGUUUGAUGACAGAAAUAUCUGGUUUAAUAUUCAACAAAAUAAUACACCAAUGGCUGUACAUUUUGACUAUUCAAAGGAAAGUUUCUGGAAACAAUUGCUUCCAAGCAAUUUUCAAGGGACAAAAGCACAAAGCAUACAGCCUGAGGAAAUAAUUUAUUCAGAGACGAAUAAAAGCAUGGUGGGAAAUCUAACGAACAGGAUUGAAAGGAGUCUGAAAUGUAAAAUGAUGGAAUGGCGACCUAAACAGCCAACACGCUGGAAUCGACAAUGUUCUUUUAUUUUGAGAAAAAUCCUUCCUAAACUAGAACUUAGCAUGGGAAACUUUGUUUCAUCUGAAGAAGAGAGUGAAUUUGAAAGACUACAACAAGUUUAUUGGGUCACAGGAUUUCCUAUCCAGAUGCCAUACACUGAUGUACAGUCAGUUAUUGAUGCCGUGUAUCAAACCGGAAUUCACUCUUCUGAAUUUCCUCAGACAGAAUUUGCUCUAGCUGUAUACAUUCACCCAUACCCAAACAACAUUUUAUCUGUGUGGGUCUAUUUGGCUUCCUUAGCUCGACAUCAGUGA